CCUAGCACAGACCAAUGAGAAGCCCCAUUCGGCAUCCGCCCCUCCCACCCCCUCCAGAGGUCAGAUGAUUUUUGCCUGUCGUACUGUGGACUAUAGGGUGAGGCGAGAGGCGCCAGGUUGGCCGUGGUUGCUCUGCUUGCCCGCCCGCUGCCCAAAUGGCUCUGAGAAGGUUCUCCGAGCGGCUGCUGAGCCGGGGACCAGGCCUGAGCUUCCUGCGCGGGUGGGGGUCAGCGGCGGCGCAGACUGAAAAGGGCGGGAAGACACAGAACCGAGCGACUAAGUCCUCGCGUCCUUUAUUUGACUGGAGGGACCCGCUGGUGCUGGAGGAGCAGCUGACAGCGGAUGAGAUCCUCAUCAGGGACACCUUCCGCACCUAUUGCCAGGAGCGCCUCAUGCCCCGAAUCCUGCUGGCCAAUCGCAACGAAGUUUUUCAUCGAGAGAUCAUCUCAGAAAUGGGGGAGCUUGGUGUGCUGGGGCCCACCAUCAAAGGGUAUGGCUGUGCCGGAGUGUCAUCUGUGGCCUAUGGGCUCCUGGCCCGAGAGCUGGAGCGGGUGGAUAGUGGCUACAGGUCAGCAAUGAGUGUCCAGUCUUCCCUUGUCAUGCACCCCAUCUACGCCUACGGCAGCAAGGAGCAGCAGGAGAAGUACCUGCCCCGGCUGGCCAAGGGGGAGCUCCUGGGCUGCUUUGGACUCACAGAGCCCAACCAUGGGAGUGACCCUGGCAGCAUGGAGACCAGAGCCCGCCACAACCCAUCCAACAGGAGCUACACCCUCAGUGGGACCAAGACCUGGAUCACCAAUUCACCUGUGGCCGACCUGUUUGUAGUAUGGGCUCGGUGUGAAGACAGCUGCAUUCGGGGCUUCCUCCUGGAGAAGGGGAUGCGGGGCCUCUCAGCCCCCAAGAUUGAGGGCAAGUUCUCCCUGCGGGCCUCGUCCACGGGCAUGAUCGUCAUGGACAGUGUGGAGGUGCCAGAGGAGAAUGUGCUGCCUGAUGUAUCUGGUCUGGCGGGGCCCUUCGGCUGCCUGAACAAUGCCCGGUUUGGCAUUGCCUGGGGCGUGCUCGGAGCCGCCGAAUUCUGUUUGCACACAGCCCGGCAGUACAGCCUGGACAGGAUCCAGUUUGGGGUCCCACUGGCCAGGAACCAGCUGAUUCAGAAGAAGCUGGCAGACAUGCUUACUGAGAUCACGCUGGGCCUUCACGCCUGCCUGCAGCUUGGCCGCUUGAAGGAUCAAGACAAGGCCACUCCGGAAAUGGUCUCCCUGCUGAAGAGGAAUAACUGUGGGAAGGCUCUGGAUAUCGCCCGCCAGGCCCGAGACAUACUAGGGGGGAAUGGGAUUUCUGAUGAGUAUCACGUCAUCCGCCAUGCCAUGAACCUGGAGGCCGUGAACACCUAUGAAGGCACUCACGACAUUCAUGCUCUGAUCCUUGGAAGGGCGAUCACAGGGAUCCAGGCGUUCACGGCCAGCAAGUGAACAUACUUCACCCGGGAGCCCAGAUGGUCUCAAGCUCCUUCCCAGGGAAGUGCUGUGCUCUGAGCUUACUCAGGGAGGUGGCAGAUGGAGCCAAUUUUUAUAGUGGGAAGUGAGAGACACUGAUUCUUAAUUAUCAAAAUUUUCCCUUUGAAGUCAUUCAAAUGUGUUCCUUAAAAAGAAGAUGGGACUCUCUGUACCAAGUUUCUCAACCCACUUUUAACCAUGGACAGGAAUGGAUUCCACUUAUCUUGGAACAGAAGCUUCUCUUGACGGGAGCCGGAAGAGGGAAGGAGAGUGGCAUGGAGGCAGCCUCUGGUGUCUGACUGAGCAAAUGCCCCACACACCGGGAGUUCACUGUGUGCCCUCCGACCCUCCCAUCUUGUGGGUGAAUGCCUAAUGCUGGAUUUGGAGCAGAAAGAGAGUAAAAGACUAAUAAAGUCGGCAUGUGUGACCCCAAGGUGUUGGGCCACAUUUAAUUGUAACCACCCAAGAAGUCAUUUCAGUCACGGGAAAAGUGUGGGGACUGUGAGGUGUUUGACAUGCAGGGAUUUCCCCCUCAAGUGGUGUGGCCCGUGUCCGAGUUUUGGGCUUUGCUGUAAUAACCCUGGUUAGGCACUGACCCGAGCUCAGGACUGUGGACAGAGGGGCCGCUGUCCUUUCUGUCACCACAGAGCUGACCAUACAGUGGUGGCAAGUAACAACCAUCUAGCUUCUCAGCUCAGACAUACCACCUCAGGGAGCCUGGGGCCAUGGGUGAGGGGGCCAGAACAUCAGGGGUUUUGCUGGGAUAGUGGUCCCUGUGGGGUUUGGGACUGGGCUUGGUGCUAACGUCCUUGGUUUGUGUUGAUAUUUACUUCAUCUUAGCCUUCCUUGGCGGCGCCCACAGACAUGCCAUUAGUCAUACCUCAGGCUGGACGCACAGGUCUUUGUACACUGUCUCCACGGUGUGGCACACUUGUUUGAGCUCUGUUUCCAAAUGGCUGAUCUUUGCCAUUUUCUGGGUGAACUCUUGGAGCUUGUCCUGAAUGAUCUUGUUGUGGUGAUUAUAAAUCUGAUACAUCCUCUCCUCGAGCUUCUCUGUCAGGUCUGAAACCUUUUUAAAAAAUAAAGCAUGUUUUUAGAAAAUCAAA